AAUUAAUCUUUGGUGUUGAGGUAUUUAAUGGGCUCUUCCACUACUCAUCUUCUUAAAACUUGAAACUUGAAAAAAUCUAAUUAACUUCCAUCAUGCAGCCUUGUAGCAGAGAAAUGCAAGGCCUUAACAACACUAUUUUCAACUCUCAGAUCCAAUUCGACCCUUCUUCCAACGAAGAUUUCCUCAAACAAAUGCUCUCCAACGUUCCUUCUUCGUCAUGGACCCUCGACCCUAUCCCCAAGCCCUUAUGGGACGCCAAUUCCGAUGAAACCACACCUGAUAAUGUCGUUUACCCCUACGACGAACACGCCAACUUGACCUCCAAGUUUCGGAACCAACAGAUCACUGAAACCAAGGCUUCCGCUCUCAUGCUCCACCACCACCUUCUCAUGUCUUCCAAUUCCUCCCUCUUCCCUAUCCCCUCGCCCAACGACGCCGUUCAACCCUCCUCCUUCAAAUCCCCUACUUCCGCUGGUGAGGGUUCCAUUCAAGCUCUCUACAACGGCUUUUCUGGAUCUCUCCAAGGCACACCACAUCCCUCUUCUAACCAAACUCAGCAUUUUCAACACCCUCAGGGGCAGAGUUUUGGAGCUUCGGGUUCAGGUGGGGGUGCUACCCCGGGUCAGCCGAAGCAGAGGGUUAGGGCUAGGAGAGGUCAAGCCACGGACCCACACAGCAUCGCCGAGAGGUUACGGAGGGAGAGAAUCGCAGAGAGAAUGAAAGCCUUGCAGGAACUGGUUCCCAAUGCCAACAAGACAGACAAAGCCUCCAUGCUGGAUGAGAUCAUCGAUUAUGUGAAGUUCCUACAGCUCCAAGUCAAGGUUUUAAGCAUGAGCAGAUUGGGCGGUGCAGCGGCUGUCGCCCCCCUUGUUGCUGACAUGCCCUCUGAGGGAGGCGGUGACUGCGUUCAAGGCAAAGGCAACGGCAACGGUGCGACUCAGGCUCAUCCCCGGAACUCAAACGGCAACCAAACGUGCUCAAACGACAGCCUGACCAUGACGGAGCAACAGGUGGCAAAGCUCAUGGAGGAAGACAUGGGCUCCGCCAUGCAGUACCUUCAAGGCAAAGGUCUCUGCCUCAUGCCCAUUUCUCUCGCCACCGCCAUCUCCACGGCCACGUGUCACACCAGGAACCCGUUGAUCAACCCUGAUGGCCCUUCCUCUCCCGGCAUCUCCGCGUUGACCGUCCAGUCCGCUGCUGUCGUCAAAGACGCAGCCUCCGUUUCGAAGUCGUGAUGACGCCGUUUCAUUCACCUUUUCUGUCAACUACACAAAACGACGUAACUGACGGAAGACUGAAGAGCCUUAACCCAGACAGUGACGUGGAUUUUCUAAAGUCUAGGAAAAUAGGACGUCACUAACACGGCGUGGACUGUGACGACGUCGUAUUUACCUAUACUUUGACAGACGCUAACUUUGAUGUUUCAACCAU